GAUCUUCCUGCAUGCUGCAUGUGCAAGGCUUUGUUCGCUUCCGUCCAGCGGCGUAGAGUUCAGUUGACGUUCAAAGUUUCUUCAUCUACGAUUGUCCAUGAUUGUCAAAGCUUUGCUUGUGAUACCAAGCUGCCGGAUCGUCUCUAUGCGUCUGUUCUGACCUGAAGUAUAUGGCUUACCUGCCUAGUACCUACUCUAGUAUUCUAUGCUUCCAUGCUUCCGUGCUCUGCAUUAGGUACUACCACGCUCAUUCUUUUAGCUGCUAAUGUAUUUAGGGGGCAAGCUGUCAAUGCCAAGACCACAUGGCCUCGAGGUCAGAGUGUCAGUGAAAGGAGCUUGAACCACAUAAUGGGACACACUUUGGGGAUAGAUGGGCUAGAUCCUAGAUUACAAGGAGAAAACUCCACCAAAACCUGGCAAAAGCCUGGCCAAGAAGUUACCAAGAUGGCCGUGUGUCAGGGGGGACGGGCUCACCUGUGGUGGUGCAGCAAUGCCAAGGGUCUAGGUUUCCCCACGUUGCAGUGCUCUCACCAUCACCCUAUCUCUCUCCUCGGAGAAGCCAAGGGUUUUACGAGCGUAGGCUUGUCUACUAUUCGCAGAGACCGAAAGAAAUCAUACCUUACGCUAGGAGAGGAGGAAGAGAGUGGUGGGUGAGGGAGAGGCUCAGCAUGGAGACUAU